ACAAUUCAACCCCUAGAGCUUGCUCGGAGGGGGAAAUUGACAAUGACACGAACUAGAAGAGAUACCAAAUCAAUGGCAUCUUCCAUGGAGAGCAGGAUGAGCGAGGAUCCAAUCAUUUCACCAGAGGCUUGCAUCUUCAGAAUUCCUAGCAUACUCUACAGGCACAAUGAGAAGGCAUACAUCCCAAAUGCAUUCUCCAUUGGCCCUUUCCACCAUGGAAAGGAAAACCUGAAAGAAACAGAAAAAAUCAAGUUCAAGUACUUACAGGGCCUCAUCCGCAGAACAAAUCCUGCGACGGUGUUGAUGGCUUGCAUUGAUGCGAUCAAGCAGGUUGAGAAUGAAGUCCGAAGCUGCUACAAAGAAGAAAUUGGUAUGAGUGAAGAUGAAUUUGUUGAGAUGUUGGUGCUUGAUGGCUGCUUCAUUAUUGAACUACUAAGAAAAUAUGCAAAUGAAGAUCAAAGAGAUAGAGGUGACCCUAUUUUCUCCAUGUCCUGCAUGCCUCAGUACUUAUACCAGGACUUGAUUUUGCUAGAAAACCAAAUCCCCUGGUUUGUACUCGAGCGUUUGUAUAGCUUAACAAGUGAUCCAUUUGAAAGCAAGUCCCUCGUUCAACUAGCUCUCGUAUUCUUUGAGAACGUCUUUUCCGAUGAAGCAACGCCUGUGGAUUUUAAUCUCUUCGCCAAUCAGAAUAUUAAACACAUUCUUGAUUUGUUAAGAAGUUCUUUGCUGUUGCCACUUCCAGAGGAGCAAGAGCAAGAAUUAACAGUGUGGCAGAGUUUCCCUUCCGCCAGAGUCAUCGAAGAAUCUGGAAUCAAAUUCAAGAAAGUGAAGUCAACAACCAUCUUGGAUGUCAAGUUCGUCAAUGGCACCCUCGAAAUGCCAUCAAUUCUAAUUUCAGAAUUCAUUGAACCUGCCUUUCGAAACCUCAUCAGCUACGAGCAAUGUUCUCCCUACUGUUCUCCUGUAGUCACAUGUUAUGCUAUGCUCUUGGACAACCUCAUCAACACUACAGAGGACAUGAAUAUACUCAGCAAGACUGGGAUUCUCAACAACUGGCUAAAUCCAGAGGACGCGACGCAGUUCUUUAAGAUGCUAUACUAUGAUACUGGUGUGAAGGAGUUUUACUUCCAGAAGCUUUGUGUGCAAGUGAAUAAAUAUAGGGAGAAACUGUGGCCUAGAUGGCGAGCGUUUUACUUCCACAAUUAUUUUGGGAAGCCAUGGGCUAUUAUUUCUCAGAUUUUUGCUAUCCUCCUCCUCACCCUUGCCAUCUUGCAAACCAUCUAUACGAUGAUGCCAGGCAAAUAAUUCAUCAAUGCUUGUUUUAAGACAUGUCAUAAUAUGUUGAGACAUCUGGGGGGUUCUUCCUUUGGAUGAAUCUCUAUUUGUUUGUUUGUUUGUUUGGUUUUUUUUUUUUUUUUUGUGAUUUAUUGAAUUUAUGUAAAUUUAUUCUAUGGUAUGCAAAAUUUCAAAUAAAAUCUUUUACCAAGA